CUCUGCCUUCUUUCCGCUGUUCUUGUACGAUAUUCAGUGCAUGACGUCUCACUCGGCUGUUAGAUAAAGACAGCCCUUCAUAAAGCAGCCAAACCGAAACCCCUCACAAACCCACACCCAGAAACAACAAGACAAUGGCAGAGCCGCAGGAACCAUAUCCAGGCGCAGACCGCAUCCGCUCACUAACAGACCAAGACGCCGUCUUCAAAGCCUUUGACGCCUAUCCCUGGACCAAAGACGCUGCCUUUCUCUCCGGCCUCCGCGCCAUCCUAGGCGCCCCAAACUCCUCAAACCCGCAAGGCUCCCUCCGCGACAUCGCCACCCACGCCCGCAUCUUCUACUACGCCCAGCGCAUCGGCGUCCAAAUCGACUUCUCCGCCUACCACGCCUGGCUCGCCCAGAACCCGGACCACCAACCCCCGCACAUCAUCCCCCAAGAAUACGAGCAGCCAUCGUCGCCGUCGCCGUCUUCUUCUUCCGCAACCCCAUGGCAACAAGCUGCCCCCAAGGCCGAUCUCUACGUUGAUCGCAGCGCGCAGCCUCAUUCCGGCGAGGGUGAACCGUCUUAUCCCCUUGGCUUCGCCGAAAUGAUCAAGCUCCUCCAGGAGGGCAAGCCAAUUCCCGGUAUCAGACAGAUUCCCAACACUAUUGAACGAGAUGCUACGGUGAAGCCUGUUGGAUCACGGCCCGUUCCCAGGAAGCCUUGGGAAAAGGAGGCUUCUGCAAAUGCCGAGGCAGCUGCCGGUGGUGUUGAGAACACUCUUGAUCUCGAGUUCCCUCCUGUAGAGCCACAGAACACGGCAGCAGCCACAACAGAGACUUCAUGA